GUUGUAGGUUCGAGAAUGAAGUUCUUAGAAGGCGAGGAUGAAUGCGGGUGGAAGCGCUUUACUCGGCUGAGCGAUCUUUGCGAUCCUCGUCGAGGCUUUCUCCUCAAUGACACAAUAGAAGCUCAAGUUUCCACUCAUAGUACUGAUCAGGUAGUUAAUCCUCAUAAUUGAUACAAUCCUCUGAAUCUUUCGUCAUUUAUAUUUGUAUUUGAAUCUAUUGCUGAAAAUUUACUUGUCCCGUCCCUGAUCCUGUUUGACCCGUCGCUCAAGAUUCAAGAUGUAUAAGUGAUUCGUCUCGUUCCUGUUUCCUUCUUGACCCUGUCUGACCUUCAAGAGUUGGGACGGGUCCCGACGGGCCGGUUACUGGGUCGACUCUAAUCAACACACUACUUUUUUACAAAUUAUGUUUUGGUACCCAAAAUUAUUUUUUCUUACGAUUUAGUACCUAAAAUUUAAUUUUUUUACAAAUAAGUCCAUAAAUUUUGAUGGUAAAAUUACAUUUUGGUCCUCAAUUUUUUUUUAUUUUUACAAGUUAGUACCUAAACUUUUAAAACUUUACAAAAAUGUCCAAUGUAGUGUGAGAUAUUUGUUGUUGGUAAGGGUGACAGAGUCAAAACGUGACCCGUCCCUAAGUUAUCCCUACCCGUCCCGACCCUUACAGAGUCUACAAAUGACCCAUCUCUAAUCUGUUUCUGUAGACAAACUGACCCGUCCCGAUCCUUAAGGACUGGACGAGUCGGGACGGAUCAAUGGGUCUUUCAGGUCAAGCCUUCACCUCUACUUUCUGCUUGCAGAAACGUCGGGCAGCAACAGGGAAGGCCGCUACUGGCAAGUCAAAAGUGAUGGAGGCUAAUGAACAUGAUCAAGAAGAUGCUGACAUGAUCAAAAGUACCCAAAUACCCGUAAUUUUUUUACGGGAUGGGAUUUGGGAACAAAAAAUUCUACAAUGGGUACCCGCGGGUUACCCGUUCAUACCCGUUUGGGUAUUACGGGUACCCGUAGUACCCGUUUGUCUUCUUUAAAGUAAUAAUACAUAUUCUUCCUUCGGUGAUCUAUUCCCAUGUAAUAAUACAUAGUUGCAUAUGAACCUUUUACUUUAGAAAUGGCUCAAGCAUGGAUGCAUUACAAGGAAGUGAAAUGAGAAGAUGGAUGAUUAUAAUGAAAGAUUCACCCAUCUGCUAGGUUGCUUCUUCACCAACCCAGUAGCAGAAUGAAACAACUCCAUCAUCUUGUUGGGGCUUGUUUGGGCCUUAGUCGUUUAGGCUUAUUCGGUUAGCAGAGAGCUAUGAAAGCUGCUGUGCAGGUGAGUGUAAUUUCUUAGUUCCUGCAAUUCAGGGUCAUGGUGCCGAGAAUUCUGCUUUGGAGUUGGCUUUGGUGUACUUAUAUUAAUUUGCUUCAUUGAAUAAAAUUAUUCUUUUUUCGGCUAAUUAUCAUACACAUCUAUGGUCGCUUAGCUUAUUUAUUAUGGCUAAAUUUUUUUUUUUUUAAAUAAUAACGGGUACCCGCGGGUACCCGUUAUCCGUCCCGUACGGGUAAUGGGUACCCGUUAACCCGUACGGGUUUGGGAAUGGAAUGGAGUUUCCUCUCCAAAUGGGAUUGGGUACCCAAACGGGACGGGUACCCAAUCCCGUCCCGUUGCCCACCCCUAGUCUGCCGGUUGAGGAAGAACCCACUCGUCAAGCGCCGUCGUCAUUAUGAUGAUAAUAAUAAUAAUAAUGUGUUUAUGGCGUCAUCAUCUGAGUUAUUGCCGUCAUCGUCUUGGAAUAGCGACGGUGAACUACUUCAGGACCAGGGGAUGACGUCGUUUCCGGUUCAGACGGAAUACGGUGAAGAGUCUGAAGACUACGGCGUCUCAAACUUGGACCGGUUCGGGUCGGGCUCAGGGUCCAAUUGUAAUGAUGAUGAUGAUGAUAUGACUCAUCGGUUUCUGAUGGACAGCUUGGACCUCAGCGAUCCACCUUGGGUUGAUUUCUUCAGACAAGAGUAGAAGCACCAGCAAUUGGAUAUUCGUGAAUAUAAUUCACCGUAUGUGUCAAGCUAAUUAAUUAACUAUCUUCUGUAAUGGAUGUUCAAUGACUAAAUGAAUAUUGGAAAUUAAUUUCUUUUCGAGGGAUAAAUUUCUACUUGCAUAUAUAUACAUGUGUAUCCCCAAAUAUGAAUCCUUCAUAGUUAAGGACCCAAUUUACCCUUACCCCUUCCUCCCUCCUUCAAUGAAGAAGGCCAACAAAUCAGACAGAUCGGUGUGCAUCGCAAUCUGGCGACUUCACAUGAGCUAGAGAUCGAGCUAACAUCGACGAUCUCGAUAAAGUCCCGCGACCAAACUAGCUAAAAGACUGCAAAAUCAAUAAUGCCCAGCAACAGGGAAGUGACCUCACACGGAGAUUGAGAUGCUUGUUUUAGAGGAGAAACCGAGAGAUCUGAAAUUUCAGAAACAGUCAACCUCGCGUUGAGAUUGAGACCACAUUAGAAGAUUGGAUGUUGCUCUGGAAGUCGUUUUGACACCACAUUUGAAUUGAUUAUGUAACCUAAUGUGUAAGAGUAUUGUGAUCCAUAUUCAUCGUAUCAAUGCAGUGGUUAUUAGUAUGUGGUGGAAACUACUGCAUAUAAGCAUGGCUAAAUUGUUCUACCUCUAUCUGAAAGGAAAUUUGUAUCCUAUGACAUGAGAGACUAAAGGUAGUAUAGUAUUCGGCUAGAAGGUCAUAUAUUAUAUAUAGAUGACAAUAAACCAUGUUAUACCUUUUUUGUUGGGUGAAAUUGAGUCGAACCCCAAACCUAAUCCUAGAACUAGUGUAAAAUUGUCGACCCUGUUGGGUUAAGCUAUUGGCCUAGCCUUGCUGACUCUAUUUACCCUUGACCAUUUCUGGCCCACAUGAAUGGAUCGGGCCAAGCUGGAUUGACUCUCAUGGUUAACCCAACUCAAUUGCAUCAAAUUAUAUUACAAAAAUUCAAAUUACAUCUAAAACCCCCCAAAAUAACCCACAAUAUUUCCAAUUAAUUCCAAACAAAAAUUAGAUCAAUCCCAUAAAAUUAAAGUUACAUAAAAAGUCCAAAAUAGCUUAUGAAAAAUUCUAAUUAAUUCAAAAAAGUCCUAGGUAAUAUAAACAAUUUGAAUAAACCCUAAACAAUUCAAAUUAAUUUUAGAAAAUUCAAAUUAAAUCUAAAAAUUCAAAUUACCUUACGAGGAAUUCAAAUCACAUCUAAAAAUAUAAAUUGCAUCUAAAUGUACAUCAUUUCUAUAUUCACCAACAACACCACUCAUGAUCUCAAAUACAUUGUCUUUUAAUCAUCAUCAACCAAAUUAUCAAUUCAUGAUAUUACUAUCAUCCUAGAAAAACUCCUUCAACUCUACAAAACUAACAACACAUCAAAUAAAUUAGUAAUUGUCUAAACAAAUAUUCAUACUUUGUUCAACUUCCUCAAAUUUCUCUUAUAUAUCAAUUGGAAUAGUACUUGAUUAAAGCCAAUUUUAAGCACAAAUCAAACUUUCAACAACCAAUGAAGGAACUUCACAUCUAAAACAUGCCCUCUGGUACUGAAAGCGAACUCGAAUGAAACCGUGAAGACGGGAAUUGCCUAACACAUAUUUAGCCAUCAAAUCCAGUAUUGGGUACUCACUAGCUAGAAUGCUUCUUUCGGCAUGCUAAAAUAUCAAGUUGUGUAUCCUCAUCACCCUCAAUAUUUGACUUUAAGUACCUCUAAGCUCCAACAUAGUAGUUUCUUUCUUCUAAUAUUACUCAACACUUUCACAUUAAAGAUAAUUUGCCUCUACAUCCCCCAACCCCCUUCUUAUGAGCUUCCACAAGUAACCCCUCUCAUUUCCAAUUAGUCAUUGAACAUGUCCUUCAAGCAAUCCUUCACCUUGCCAAGCAACUCAUCUUUAGUCAUAUCUCUUUCAUUUUCCAUCCCGAGAACUUCAUCAAGCACAAAAAUUGCAUAUUCCAACUUGUAUCUUCUAUCAAGACCGACAACAAAGGAAUAAUAAAGGG